CACAGUUCGUACCUCCAGCGCGCAGGGUUUACAGUGUAUGGCAAGUAUGUAUGGCCCAUCGAAACGCGUUUGGAACGGAAGAAUAAUGUCCUAGACGUCUAUAAGAACCAAUGGGUUGAUCUGCCGCAAGUACAAUGUCGCCGAGACAUGGAAACGCAGUCUCGACGAUAUUUAGUUGCGGUAAGUGCACGCAGGAGACUGAGAUGCAACCUAGCUUCUGUGCAUGAAGACUGCUGCCAUCUACGUCGAGUCACGUCGACUCACGAAGUCGAUGAGGACGGUAACACAGUCGAUAGCAAACAAUGCUCACGAUAAGGAAUGUACGGUCAAUCAUUGCGCUCUCCCCCAUCUGCUCGAAAGCGGAGGAAACCGCACCCAAGAUCAGCCAAUUUCUGCUCUCCACGCUACAGACGGUUUUCGUGCUCAUGGAAACCUCACACCAUCCGUAGAUGACGGGUCUCUCCAAAGAAAAUGCUUUAAAGUAGGUGUGUUAAUUUUGCGUUGUUCAAUAUGGAGAGCAAAAGAGUGGCCGCGGCAGAGAAAGUUUUAUUGAGCCCUCGGCCGGAACAACUGAUCGGCGCCGUUGGGCGUGGGCGUGCGCGCGCUGCCCCGCGGCCAGCGGCUGAGUCAACGCCAUUUUCGCCUUUGCUGUGGGAAAA